AUGCUCCUCUCUCCCAGCCUUCCCCCUCCUCCUCUCGCUGGCAUUAAGUUCAAACUUGACACUGAUGUUGACUCACUUUGUCACCCCUCGGUGGCUCCCUCUCCCUUCCUCUCUUCCUCUUCCUCUCUCUCCCCAUCGCUCGGAGGACACGAGCGCCCGCAGACGCAUUUCUCUCCAGAGCCCCCCCUCCUUCCUCCAUCCCUCCGUCCCUCUCCUCCCUCUUUCACUCUAUCUCACCCUGUCCAACUCUCUUCAUCUUUCUCCCUGCACUCUCCUUUGCAACACACACUCACACACACACACAGCGUUGUCAACAAAGCCGGACGUUGGGGGAAUAAAGGUCCGCCGAGGAGGAGAGGAACUCUCGGGACGACUGCGUCCGUCUCUCUGGUCAACUUGGAGGCGGAGAGGAGUAAACGGGGGCGAUCACACGCAGAGGACGGGGGUUCCUUUAUUUCUCUCCAUGCUGGUCUGGACGUCCGUAGUAUGUAUGAGAAGUUAACCAUGCUGAACCUGCAGAGCGGCUCCAACUGGAGCGGGCCCAACAACUGGUACCAUGACCCCACCGGCGUUCAGACGCAGCACAGCGCAGUGUCCGAGGGCUGCAUGCUGGACACAGAGGGCAGCAUGGGGGGAGAGGCGGCGGGAGGAGGCGCUGGCAGAGGAGGAGGAGGAGGAGGAGGAGGAGGAGGUGGAGGAGUCCCCGUGGAGCGGGACGAAGGCGAGGAGUCUCAGCUGAGGCUGCAACUCAAGAGGAAGCUGCAGAGGAACCGGACCAGCUUCACGCAGGAGCAGAUCGAGGCUCUGGAGAAAGAGUUUGAAAGGACACAUUACCCAGAUGUUUUCGCAAGGGAGAGGCUGGCGAACAAGAUCGAUUUACCUGAGGCCCGGAUACAGGUGUGGUUCUCCAACCGGAGAGCCAAGUGGAGGAGGGAGGAGAAGCUGCGCAACCAGAGGAGGUCGGGCAGCGUCACCUCCUGCUCACAGAGCCAGGCGCCGCUCAGCACCUCCUUCAACACGUCCGUCUACCAUCAGCAGCACGGCAGCAGCUCAGGGUCCAUGUUGAGUCAAACGGAGCCGUCGCUGCCCAGCUACAGCUCGCUGUCUGUCUUCUCAUCUGGAGUCCAGUCCAUUCCUCCCCAGUCGGCCUCCUCGUACUCCUGCAUGUUGCCUCCGUCGCCCUCUGCGCCGCGCAGCUUCGACUCGUCGGCGUACUCCUCCCCUCACCUGCAGACUCCGUCCUCAGCCAGCUCCAACACAGGGCUCAUAUCACCCGGGGUUUCGGUGCCAGUCCAGGUCCCAGGAACUGAGCCGCAAAGCAUGAGUCAGAACCUGGGGCAGUACUGGGCCAGAUUACAGUGAGCUCCAGGCGAAUGCUGAUGGACAGAAGAAGAAGAAAAGAGGAGGAAGAGGAGGAAGGGCAUGUAAAGGUCUUGUCAACGAAACAAGAUUAGCAUCCAUGUUUUAAGACAGCGCAGGUCGGAGCUGUAGAGGAGCCUUGGAGGGUUGAAGACCCCGAAAUGCAUUAAAUGUUUACAGAAUCAACCAAAAGUAGCUUUGGUUGCACUUCACAGUACUCUGCUGGUUCCGGUUCCGUUGGGUUCCGUUCGUUUCUGAACGGUCAGGAGGCACGGCUUCACCAAUUUACAGGAGAGCCGAAAAAACAGGACCAAAGAAGUAAUCACACCCUUUGAAUUUUUCUAGAUUUUGUCUCAAUACUACGAUGGAGUAACAAGGCCAAGCUAAGAAAAUCAAAUUACAGUUAUAAUAUUACAGUAGUAAACACGUACAAGAAUUAAAAAAUAGAGUUGAAAUAAUGCAAGAAUAAAGUUAUAUUUUGAGAAUA